AAUCAUAAUUGUGUGUGAUAUAAAGACAUAAAGUUAAGAAAAAUUAUAUUUUUAGAAAUACAUAUUUCGUUUUGUGUUUGUUAUGUUUUAUGUUCUUAUUCAACAUUCUAUUUUAUGUAUAUAUGUAUCAUAGUAAAUAAACACAAUACAACUUUUGUCUACUGUGAUAUUUUAAAUAGUUCUAAAAUUUUAUAGUCUUUUAAUAUUCAUUAAAAUUUCAAGAUGUCGAAAAAGAUUCCACUUACUCAGAAUGACAUACAACCUACAUUUAAAGGAUUUAUCGAACGUAUAAAAAAGAAAAGUAUUACACAAUCUAGCACUCCUAAGUCAUCAAAUAUAAAUAUAAAACCAGAUGAUGUGGAUAGACCUAAGGAUUUUGAACCUUCCAAUACAGAAAAAUUAGAAACAAAUGAUAAAACAUCAUUUAUAUCUUCUGAUAAUUUGAAUGAUUCAGCACAUAGUGCUAUUGAAAGUCCUAUAAAAGUAAAUGAUAAUUUAAAUAAUAGUGAAUAUUCUAAAAAGGAGAUACCACUUAUAAAUGAAAAAAUUGGGCUAAAAUUAGCAAAAUUCAAAAAUGUACAAAAAUCAAAAAUUAAACCUAAUUACUUAUCAGAUAGUGAAGAUGAUAUAGUGAUGAAACCAAUUUUAAGUUUAAAUAGAAAAAAAACGAUUUUUGAUAGUAGUGGCGAAGAACAAAUAUUAAAUCAAAAUUUAUCACCUUUAAAAGGAGAUAAACUUGAUAGUGUAUCUAUGCAAACAUCUAUUGGGAGCAAUAAUGUGCAAACAGAAGUACAAAAAAGAAAUUUAAUUGAAAAUAAUAGUCCAAGAACUCCAAAGAAAUAUUCUAAAUUCAAAAAAGAAGAAAAUAUUAUAAUAUCAGAUUCAGAUAGCAGCCCAAAUUUUAAACAAAAUUCAAAAAGAAUUACAAAAGGAUGGGUAGGACCCGAUUUCAAAUUAGAUUUAAAACCGUUAGGCUUAGGAAAUCAAUUGGAUUCAUGGAUACAAUCUGCAAAAGAGAAACCAAUAAUGUCUUCAGUACCAAUUACAAAAGAUAAAUUGGAAGAUAGAUGUAAAUAUUUAAAAGAUUUUCAAAUAGAAAUUCUUGGUAAAUUUUACAGUGCAUUAGAUCAAAUACCAUUGCCAGUGUUAGAAAAAUUUCCACAGUUUAAUGUAAAUACAUAUAAAAAUUUAAAAAUUUUAUAUCAACAUGUUAAAGCAAAAAUACGUUUGGUUGAGACAAAAUUAGCACAUGUUAAAACUGACGAAAAGCAAAAACUUGCUGAUGAAGAAUUAUCUGAAGUUAGAAAUAAAUUCACAAAUAAUUCACCAUUAACUAAAACUUUAAAUCAACAGUCAAUUAUAAGUAUUUCAGAUAGUGACGAUUUCAGUACAUCUAAUAAUAGUAAUUUAUUAGAUGCAGAAUUAAGUGAUACUAUGAGAACACAAACCACAACUUUGUCUACAGUAAAAGAAUUUCCCCAAUUAUUACAAACAAAAAUCGAGUCGCAAGUGAAGGAUCAAAAGAAAAAUAUAGAUUUACAUGGUUCUGAACAAACUAAAUUAAAUGAUUCUCUAGUUCAAGGCAAAAAGAGUACAUUUCAAUUGAAAAGACCUGUCAAAGCAACAAUUGGAUCUGAGGUUUCUAAACAAAUAGGAGAAAUAUGGAAAAAGGAAGAAAAAUCUGAAGUUACUAACACUAAAAGUGCAGUUUCUAACUUCAACACAGAUACUAGUUUUGAUAAUAUAUAUGAUUUAGAUAAAGUAGAAAUUAAUAAAAGUCCAUAUCUUGAAUCGAAAAAAAAAGAAAAUUUUGAAAUUCCUGAGAAAUUAAAACAUGAAAAUAAACAAGAUGAUUGGAAUAUAAUAGAUGAAUCAUAUAUAGAAGACAAUAUCUCAUUUUCUGAAGACAUGGUUGAUAGUUUAACUCAAGAACUUCAACAAUUUCCUGCAUUGAGUAAAGAUUGUAAUAUAAACUUAAGUUUAUUAGAUGUUACGCAAAAUGCUGAUAAUAAUAAAAAUGCAAAACAACAGAAAAAAGAUGAAAUAGGUUUACAAAUAGGUAUUUUUACUGGAAGUUAUAAAAAUGAUGGUGUUAGCGGUGAAUUUGAUGGAUUAACAUAUCCGCAUUCGCGAGAAAUGUUAAAGGUCUUCCGACAAAAAUUUGGAUUAUAUUCAUUUAGACCAAAUCAAUUGCAAGCAAUUAAUGCUGCAAUGUUGGGGUUUGAUUGUUUUGUUUUAAUGCCAACUGGAGGAGGAAAGUCACUGUGUUAUCAACUCCCAGCACUCUUAUUGAGUGGAGUAACUAUAGUAAUUUCACCAUUAAAAAGUCUUAUUCUUGAUCAAGUUCAUAAACUCACUUCUCUUGAUAUUCCAGCUGCACAUAUGUCCGGUGGAAUAACAGAUAGUCAAACAGAUGGAAUAUAUAGAGAACUUUCAAAAAAAGAACCAGCUCUUAAAUUAUUAUAUGUAACACCAGAAAAGAUCUCUGCAUCUCAAAAAUUUUGCAGUCUUUUAACUACAUUAUAUGAAAGGGAAUUAUUGACAAGAUUUGUUAUUGAUGAAGCACAUUGUGUUAGUCAGUGGGGUCACGAUUUUCGACCUGAUUAUAAAAAAUUAAAGUGUCUUAGAGAAAAUUAUCCUAAAGUGCCAAUCAUUGCAUUAACUGCAACAGCUACACCAAGAGUUAGAACUGAUAUAUUACAUCAGUUAGGUCUUACUGUACCUAAAUGGUUUAUGUCAAGUUUUAAUAGGCCCAAUUUAAGAUACAGCAUAAUUGCCAAAAAAGGCAAAAAUUGUUCAGAUGAAGUAAUAGCUAUGAUAAAAACAAAGUAUAAGAAUGAAUGCGGUAUUGUUUAUUGUUUAUCUCGUAAAGAUUGUGAUGAUUAUGCAGUGCAAAUGAAAAGAAAUGGCAUUAGAGCACUUAGUUAUCAUGCUGGUCUUACAGAUAAUAAUAGGAGUGAUAUUCAAGGACGAUGGAUUUCAGAAGAAAUCAAAGUUGUCUGUGCAACAAUAGCAUUUGGAAUGGGUAUUGAUAAACCAAAUGUGCGAUUUGUAAUUCAUGCAGCUCUUCCGAAAUCUAUUGAAGGUUACUAUCAAGAAAGUGGACGUGCUGGACGUGAUGGAGAUAAUGCAGAUUGUAUAUUAUUUUACAAUUAUACUGAUAUGCAUAGAAUUAGAAAAAUGAUUGAACUAGAUAGGCCAAAUCCCAAUGUAUUAAAAACUCACAUGGAUAACUUAUACAAAAUGGUAUCAUUUUGUGAAAAUAAAACAGAUUGUCGUCGCACGCAACAACUUAAUUAUUUUGGAGAAAUAUUUGAUCGACAACAGUGCAUUGCUAAUAAAGCUACAGCAUGUGACAAUUGUAGAUGUAAAGAUGAUUUCAUUAUGUUAGAUGCAACAGAUGAUGCAAAACAGAUUAUUAAAGCUGUACGUGAUAUUAAUCAAUUAAAAAAUUCUAAGCUUACGCUAGUACUCCUUACAGAUAUAUUUAAGGGAAGUGACCUCAAAAAAUUAAGAGAAUUAGGUCUUACUAAGCAUCCUUUAUAUGGUCGUGGAAAAUCAUGGAAUAGAGGCAAUAUAGAACGUUUACUCCAUCAUAUGGUGCUCAAAGAAUAUUUACAAGAACAGAUGUAUAUAAAUAAUGAAAUUGCUUGUGCUUAUGUAAAAAUUGGACCAAAUGCGAAUGAACUCAUGACAACAAAAAAUGUAAAGGUGAUAAUUCCUACGAGAUCAUCUAGUAGUACUACUGCUGUAGCAACAGUGUCUACAGUUACAAAAAAGAUUGAUAAUGUACUUCUAGAUCUACAAGAACGAUGUUACAAAGAAUUAAUGGAAAUAAUAAAAGGAAUUGCUGGAGCGCUUGAUAUUUCAGCAUCUUCAGUUAUGAAUAUGAUCGCAAUUAGAGCAAUGAGUCAAAAGUUUCCAGAUACUGAAGAAGCUAUGCUGCAAAUCCCACAUGUAACUAAAGCAAAUUUUGAAAAAUAUGGGAAAGCAUUAUUAGAUAUUACACAAAAAUAUGCUGCAGAGAAAUGUGCAUUAAUAAAUGAAGAAAAAGAAGAUAGUAAUAACGAUGAUGAUGAUUGGUAUAACGAUACCUCUACUUCUGUUUCUAAAUCCAAUAUAGUCCGUGGUAAAAAGCGUAAAGGCAAAAGUAUUUACCGAAACGUAAAUAAAAAAGUCAAAUCGGCAGCAUCAAGUUCACAAAAAAGACAAACAACGACGAAAGCAAAAAAUACAACCAGUAACUUAAAUAAAGGUCCAGGACUCAUGAGCCUUAAUCAAAACAGGAAUCCAUAUAAAUAUAUGCAAAUCAAUUAAUAUACUUGUUUUUUUACUGUAUUUAUAUUUAAAAGAGCGCAAUACUCUAUAUAAUACUUAAGAUACAAUGUUUGUAAUACAAAGUGGCAAUUUUGCCAUUUUAACUUAAAAUAAUGCAGCAGUAUUAUGUAAUUAAAAAAAUCUCUGAAAAGUAUGUAUAAAC